AUGGCCCUGGCCUCACUAUUUGCGGUGGCCUGGACCAAACUGUACAGCAGAGCUUCACCAGAGACCACUGAGCUGCUGGGCAUCAUUGCCAUUCAGAUCCUUGGCUUUUGGCUUCCAUCGAUCCUCUUACUCCGUCUAGACCACUUCGCCACCUCGUUCUCCGAAAGACACAAACUUCAAAUCCCAAAUCGAAAAUCAGACAGCACAAAGCUCAAGAGAUGCAUCAAAGUCGUCCUUCGUAAUCAGCUCCUCGGAGUCCUCCUCAAAGCCCUCGAACUAUCAAUACUCUCAAGCGCCACACGGUCUUCCGCUACACCACCUUCAAUCUCCUCGUUCGCCAAAGACAUCACCGCAUGCCUCAUCCUCUGCGAAAUCCUCUUCUACUCCACCCACCGCCUCCUCCACCACCGCCUCCUCUACAAACACAUCCACAAACAACACCACGAAUUCACAGCCCCCAUGGCAUUAACAGCACAAUACUGUCAUCCGAUCGAACACAUCUUCUCAAACCUUAUACCUUUCUGGUUGCCGACUAGGCUUUUGAAGUGUGAUUUUGUGACUUGUUGCAUUUAUUGGAUGGUGGGGACUUUGGAGAGUGUGCUUGCUCAUAGUGGGUAUGAUGUUUUUGCGUUCUUUUCCAGGAGGCAUGAUGCGCAUCAUGAGAGGGGGAAUGUGAAUUUUGGGACGCUGGGGGGGUUGGAUUGGUGGUAUGGGACGGGGGGAUGAAGUGGAGAGGGAGGCAGAGGUUAUGGUGGAAGGGUUCAUUUCUGGUGGGAGACAGUGGGAUCUACAGUCGAGUUACAAACACAUCUCGAUGUCCAUCCAAAGCCUGAUUGAUUGACAACAUCCGCAUUCCAGUCCUCUCGGCUCCCUCAUCUCAUACCUCGGCGGCGUGGUCUCCUUCCCCUCUCCAGAUAUCUAGGCAAAUGCUUAUACCUCGCCACACUAACCAGAUGAUGAAAGUACUCAUUAUUCACUACCUACCGUCCCAAGCCAGCUUCUCACAUUUCCUCGAUGCGACAAAUAACAACACUUGUUCUGGGGUGUGAUGGUCGUUGACUAGGGCUAAUUUCGGUGGCCAGGAGAGAUUUUUGUGUGGUGGUCAUGUUGCUGGAACCUAUUGAUCGCCUGAAAGGCUGGACUUGGACUUGAGAUCAGAGCUCUUCGGCUUGAAAAAUGAUGAAAUUCAAUAUCAUUGUUCUGUAGCAAUGUCGAUCUAUAGUCUUUUCCUU